AAACCCUACUUUUGAGUUUCGGUCACCGAACGACGUCGUUUGGACUUUCUUCUCCUCUCCCCCUUCCUGCGUUCAAAUCAGGCAGAGGCAGAAGCACCCAAAAUCGAAAUGAAGCUUCAGAGCUGAACAAAAGAGAGAGCCGCUAGGGUUUUACUGCAAUUGAUUGUUUUGCUAGGGCUUUUUUGAUUCACUAAGGGUUUAGAGUUUGGUGAAGUUUGGGGGAUUCUAGGGCGCGGUGGGAAUGCAGACGGAGGCCAGAGUUGGGGUGGUGGUGGAAGGAGGAGGAGCUCAGAGAGCUUUACAUGCCGGCCAUGGAGGCGGCGUUGCCGCAGUCGCGCAGUCACUGCCGCAGCCGCAGCCCAAGUCUCUGCAGCAGUCUCAGAUCGGAACACUGUCGCAGCUUCUCGCCGGAGGCGUGGCCGGAGCUCUGGCUAAGACUUGUACUGCGCCUCUUGCUCGGCUUACUAUACUCUUUCAGAUACAAGGCAUGCACUCGGAUGUUGCAACUAUGAGGAAAGCUAGCAUAUGGCGUGAGGCCUCAAGAAUUGCUGGUGAAGAGGGAUUUAGAGCUUUCUGGAAAGGAAAUCUGGUUACGAUUGCUCAUCGUCUUCCAUAUUCUUCUGUCAAUUUCUAUUCAUAUGAGCAGUAUAAAAAGAUUCUGCAUACAGUUCCGGGACUGGAAAAUUCCAGGGAUAACAUGAGUACAGACAUUUGUGUACAUUUUGUGGGUGGAGGUUUGGCAGGAAUAACAGCUGCAACAGCCACAUAUCCUUUGGAUCUUGUAAGGACACGCCUUGCAGCUCAGACAAAUGUAAUGUACUACAGAGGCAUUGGGCAUGCUUUGCGAACUAUUAGCAGGGAUGAGGGUAUCUUUGGUCUCUAUAAAGGACUUGGAGCAACCCUCUUGGGUGUUGGGCCCAGUAUAGCUAUCAGUUUUACAGUAUAUGAGACAUUAAGAUCUUAUUGGCAGGCAAACAGGCCUGAUGAUUCUACUGUGCUGGUUAGUCUUGCUUGUGGGAGCCUUUCAGGAAUUGCAUCAUCAACAGCAACAUUUCCAUUGGAUCUCGUGAGGCGGCGCAAACAGUUGGAAGGGGCUGGUGGCCGAGCGCGUGUCUACACAACAGGUCUUUUUGGUACAUUUAAGCACAUAUUCAGGACAGAAGGCUUGCGCGGCUUGUAUAGAGGAAUUCUACCGGAAUACUACAAAGUGGUACCUGGUGUCGGCAUUUGUUUUAUGACAUACGAGACACUGAAGAUGCUUCUUGCAGAUGUUAGUGCUACUAUAUAGUAGGUGCACAUCUUUUUAAGGGAGAUACUAAAGAGGAGGAUGUGAUUUGAAACUGUUAUAACUAAUCUCAUGGUAGUUUUUGCAAUGCUGCUGUGAGAUACUCCUUGCAUUUUUCCAUGUAUAGAUUUAGGAUCCAAUAUUAUAUUUAGAAAUGUAUGCAACACACUUUCUCUCACAGUUCUAAAAAGAAUAUUAAAUCUUCUUUUUGCUGGGCUGCAAUUCAUGCAUCAGUAAUGACUAAUGACUAUUUUGUCGUA